AUGGGUAAAGUUCUGCAGAAAAAGAAGGCCCGUUCCGGUCGCUCCACGGCUCGCGCCAAGGACAACCGUCUCAAGAGCGGCCACAAGAAGAUCAAUGUCCUGGGUAAUCAGAUCAUCGCCGACAACUGGGAUCGCAACCUGACUCUAACCCAAAACUACCAACGCCUGGGUCUGAUGCACAAGCUGAACGCACCAUCCGGAGGUCGUGAACGCCUCCCCGCAAAGGACGAACAAUUCCCCGAGAACAAGAACUCCCUCCACAUUCGCGGUAGUGCUAAAGCCGACGCUGCCAAGCUUGAUCUGGGCUCAACCCGUGUCGAGCGUGAUCCCGAGACCGGUGCGAUUCUUCGUGUUAUCCACGAUGACGACGACGACAGCAUCGAAGUUGCUGGACGUCGCCUCUCCCGCAAAAACCCCCUCAACGACCCUUUGAAUGCCCUUGAGUCCGGCGAAGUCGAGAGCAAUCCGCUUGCAGACUCAAUCAUUGUCCAGCAACUUGAACGCCAGGCUGAUCAGGAAGGAAAGACGGUUCGGGCUAAGAAGCCUCGGUUCCAGAGUACCCGUGAGGGCGAGUGGGCUCAGCGUCUGAUUGAGAAGCACGGUGAAGAUUUCACAGCCAUGGCCCGUGACCGCAAGUUGAACCCGAUGCAGCAGAGUGUCGGUGACUUGCGGAGGAGAAUCAACAAGUGGAAGAAGAGUCAGUAG